AUCAUCGAUACCCCUUACAGACCAGGUGGUCGUGGCUUUAAAGCCAGUGCUAACGGAAAGGAAACGGCCACAUGCCGGCAACGAAAACAGUACUGGAAAUGCUACAGUGACGACAACGGAAAUGGCAUAGUAACGACGAGCCGCGCGAGCCGUCCGAUGCGAGCUACGCGAGCCGUCCGAUAACUGAAGGAGUUCUCUGCCUGCACUGCAUCUUCAGGCUUGACACCAUCGCUCCGCCGCUGCAUCCCCUCUCCCCCCCUUGUGCCCUCCGCCGCUGACCCACUCUCCACGACCACCCCUCCCCACCGCUCCGCCACCACGUUCCCUCUCCCCACCUCGUGCCAUCCGCCGCUGCCACCAUCCCCACGGCCACCCCUCCGCCUCGGCCCCCCUCCCCACCGGUCCGCCGCUGCGUCCCCUCUCCCCACCUCCUGCCCUCCAUCGCCGCCCCCUCCACAUAGCCACCGCUCCCCUCCCCACAGCCACCGCUCCCCUCCCCACAACCACUGCGCGAGUUCGAGGAGGGAAGGAGGAGGAGAAGCUGGACGGGCACACCCAACCACCACGGUCGCCGUCGUCUUUAUUGAAAAUUGAUAUGCACUUCUAUGUAUGUCAGACUAAUUCCAGGGUAUUCCGGACAGACCAACCUGAUUAUUGCAUCAUUAAUCAGGGCGAAAUUCCGGACGAAUUCAGACAUGAGAGCAUGAGAGCCUGAAUUCAUCAUUAAAAGUCUUGUUCGUAGGCCGCCCCCUGCAUUUCGCCCAUGAUGAACCAUUAGUUAUUUACGUACUUAUGUCUGGUUUGCCUGCUCCCCUGCAUCCUUCAUCACCCUUCUUGGUUUGUAGCAGCUUCUAUGUCACUCCUUGGAAUGUAACAGAUUUUAUUCCAGACUCAUAAACUAAAUUGGUGCAUUCAGUUUGUAGUAUUUUCUUUAUAAAGUUUCAUCUUCUAUUUGUCAUCUUGGCUUGAUCAAAUAAACAGGGAAGACAACAGUGUUUAUUUGAUGUGAUAGCUCUUACAACCUGUAUUAAGUGUAUCUUUCUAUUAGAAUCGAUUGAACUGGAACUUGAAUUGUUACUGCAUCCAUAUGUGUGCCUUUGCUGUCAUUUACUCUGUACAAUUAUCUUUCUAGUUGAAUCAAACUGGAACUUGAAUUGUUGUUGCAUCUCUCACGUGUGCUUCUCUGUCAUUUACUGUGUACAAUUAUUGGCUGUGAACUGAUCCAAUUAUUUCUGGAGGCCUACGCUGUACAAUUAUUGGCUGUGAACCGAUCCAAUUAUUUAUUUGUGUACUUGUGUGUGGUUUGCUAUAGCGCAAAGCAGCCUCGUUAGGACAGGAAGCCACUGUACCCAACAUUGCCUCCUCCCUGAAGCCGGAGAACCCCCGCUGCCGCCGGAAAGGAGUUCAACUCGCCACCUCCCCGACCUCCUCGCCUCAUCCUUGACCUACUCCAUCCGAGCCUGAGAAAGCUGCAGCGACCACCACAACAAGAAGGGGCAUUUAAAUAACACUUGUUGAAAAUGGAUAAGAGUUGGAUGGAGGAGGACAGACCCAGCCAAAAAUACAUUGAUGGUGUAAAAGGAUUUAUACAAUUUGCUUUUACCCAUGCCUCAACAAAAGGGAACUCAAUAUUAUGUCCUUGCAAGAACUGCUUAAAUAUCUAUUGGCUUGAAGCUAGUAUUUUGCACGAGCAUUUGAUAUGUGAAGGGUUUGUUAGUGGGUAUAGAACAUGGGUAUAUCAUGGGGAGGCAUCAUCACCUCUUUCACUUGUUAGGGAUGUUGAUAUAGAGCUAUGUGAUGAAGAAGUAGAGGAGGGGAUGAUUUAGAAGAAGAUUGUGAUGAAUUAGCUGGAAUGAUUAGAGACAAGAGACAUGAUUUUGGUGCUUUGAGUGAUAAUGAAGAUGAUGGGGGUCAUCAUGCCGAUGAAAAUGACCCUUUUCAGUAGUUAGCAGGUGAUGCAGCAGAAGAACUAUAUCCAGGUUGCACCUGUUUCUCAAAGCUUCGUUUUGUUGUGAGAUUACUCCACAUCAAAUCUCUUGGAGGGUGGAGGGAUAAGAGUUUUAAUAUGCUCUUAGAGUUGCUGACAGAAGCCUUUCCUGAAGGGUCAAAGUUACCUAAAAACUUUUACGAAGCUAAAAAGAUGAUAAGAUGCCUUAGGCUUGAUUAUGUUAGCAUCCAUGCAUGUGAUAAUGAUUGCAUCUUGUUUUGGAAGGAGCAUGCAAAUGUUGAUUCUUGCCCUACCUACAAAGCCUCUCGCUGGAAAACUGAAAAGAAGAGACCUGAUGGGAGACAAGGACACAAAACCCCGAUGAAGGUUCUACGCUAUUUCCCAAUAACAAAGAGGCUGCAGAGACUGUUCAUUACGGAAAAGAGUGCAAAAGACUGCAGGUGGCACGCCGAUGAUCAUAUAAAAGAUGGGCUUCUAAGACAUCCAGCAGAUUCUCCUGCUUGGAAGCAUUUUUAUGCCAUACACACUGACUUUUCCAAAGAUAGUCGCAACCUGAAGUUGAUUAUCACAUCUGAUGGCUUUAAUCCUUUUAGGAUGAUGAAUUCUACCUAUAUUAUAUGGCCAGUUAUUGCAAUUCCAAUAAAUCUUCCUCCUUGGUUGUGCAUGAAGCAACCAAACUUCAUCCUAUCAUUGUUGAUUCCUGGCCCAAAGUCACCUGGGAAAGAUAUAAAUGUUUAUUUGGAGCCACUUGUUGAUGAGCUAGAUUCUUUUUUUGAGAAGGGAGUCCGAACAUAUGAUGCCUUCAAGAAAGAGCACUUUCAGUUGCAUGCUGCCGUUCACUCAACUAGUAGUGACCUCCCAGGUUUAGCCACUCUAGCCGGAAUUGCCACCUCUGGUGAGUAUGGUUGUCCCAAGUGCCACUUACUUGCUCAUUCUGGAUGACCAAAGGCAAGAAAACCUGCUAUAUGGAUCAUCGUAGGUUCUUAGGUCCAAACCACAGAUAUAGAACAACGGAUAAGGCAUUUUUUAAUGGCAAGGUGGAAUCUAGGACAGCGCCUGAUCCACUUACCGGAGAUGUAGUGAAUUCCCUUACAGAGAACAUUCACACUGUAUUUGGAAAAGACCCUAAAGGAAAACAAACCAUAAGAAAACGUAAGUGUGGCGAUCCACCACAAAAUUUCAAAAGGAGAUCCAUUUGGUUUGAGUUGCGCUAUUGGAAAGACUUGUUGCAGCCUCAUAAUAUUGAUGCCAUGCACAUUGAAAAGAAUGUGUGUGAUAACAUAAUGAACACACUACUGGGCAUCGACGGGAAAACAAAAUAUAGUAUUAACUCUUGUCAAGACCUUAAGUUGCUUGGAAUAAGGAAGGAUCUUCAUCCCGUUCCAGUUGGCAAGGAUACAUUUGAUUUGCUUCCUGCCCGAUACUCAAUGAACCCUAAGGUGAGGAAGCUAUUUUGUCGAGUUCUGAAAGGAGCCAGGUUCCCAUAUGGUUAUGUGUCCGACAUACGAAGGAAUAUCGAUGUUAAGAAGAAGAAGAUUAUUGGGCUGAAGAACCAUGACUGCCAUAUUCUGUCGCAUCAAUUGUUUCCACUAGCAGUUAGGAAAACAUUGCCGGAGGGAGUUAGUGCUGCAUUGAUCCGUGUUAGUAAUUUUUUCAAGAAAAUAUAUUCCACGGUCAUUUGUAUAAGUGAUAUGGAGAAGCUAGAGGAAGAAAUAACAGAGACACAGUGCAUUCUUGAGACCACAUUUCUACCAAGUUUCUUUGAUAUGAUGGUCCACCUUAUGGUUCAUCUUCCACUCCAAGUGAGGCUAGGGGGCCCAGUGAAGUACAGCAGCAUGUUCCCUACAGAAAGGUUUUUGUGCACCUUGAAGGGGCAUGUUCGUAGCAAAAGCCAUCCUGAAGGGUCAAUUGCAGAGGGUUACAUUUUUGAUGAGUGUCUUAAUUUUUGCUCUUGCUAUUUAGAAGGAGUUGAAACCAGAUUUAGUAGAAAUGGAAUGAAUGAUGCUCCUGAGCCAGAGUCUAGUAGUAUGCCUUUCUUUAAGAGCAAUGGACAUUGUGUGGCUUCACAAUGUACUAUUACCUUAGAUCAAAAGACAUGGCUUCAAGCACAUAGAUAUGUAUUGUUCAAUUAUGACAACAUAAUUCCAUACUUGAGGUAUAUUAAACUUUUUUGUUACUAGAGUAUGUGUUUGCAUUGCUGAAUGAUUUUCUUAGCUUACAUAUGUAUUGACUUCCCGCAGCAAGCAUAAAUAGUAUUUACUCUCAAUUGGCUAUCAAAAUGCCUUGAUUGAAUUUUCAAUUUUGAAAUGGACAAAACCUAUUGUGUAACUACAAGAAGGAAGCUUCAAAAAGUGCCAGGGCAGCUAAACUGCCGCAAAAUUCAUCCCGGCAAGGAAGGUGAUGUUGAUUGUCUCCACGACACGCGGUAGAGAAACUGUCGGCAUGUGUUAUCCAGGCAGGCCGGUGGCCUGCCGGGAAUGAUAGAAAAGAGGGCAAUUGAACCGUCGGGGAAUAUUUGCCUGCCGGGAAAGACUGUUCCCAACAGGUGUAUUCCGGACAGGCCGGCCUGCCGGCAGUCCAAUUGUUGUUUAUAGUGGCUUGUCCCGGCAGUUGGUGCGCCCUUAGAUUCUGCUCGUGGUUUAGGGUCGGAAAAA